GGAGGGGACUGUCCCCAUGGGAGUUCAGCCUGGAGAAGAGAAGCUGUGGCUGCCCCUGGAUCCCUGGAAGUGUCCAAGGCCAGGAUCAGCCUCCAGACCAGCAGUUGCUGAGGGCAGACAAACCCUCUCCGCCCACCAGACGCCGAUGGACGCGUUUCAGUUCCCGCUCCUCGCCCUCCUCUUCCUCCUCCACCGAGCAACGGGCAAUGGCACCGCGACAGAGGUGAUUGGAGCCGUGGGUGGGUCCGUCACCUUCCACAUCCACAAUCUGGCUGGAGAUGCAGCCUCCUGGAGCUUUGGCAGAUCACCCAUAGUGGUUGUGGAUUUUGAUGAACUUCCAAAAGCCCUGUUUUUAGACAACAAAUACAAGACACGCUUGACCAUCUCGGAGCAGGGCAGGGCCCUCACCAUCUCCCAGCUCACGAUGGAGGACGCUGGGACCUACUCUGCACAGAACCCGCAGGCAAAAUCCACCUUCACCCUCCACGUGUACAGCGAGCUGGCAGAGCCCAGGGUGAGCUGCGAGGCCCAGAACUGCUCGGCCGGCGGCUGCCGCUACGGCCUGCGCUGCGCCCUGCCCGGGGCCGGGGACCAUUCCCCCGGGCUGGGGAACGUGUCCUACGGCUGGAGCGUGGGGGAGCAGCCCCGGGGAGAGGGGCCCACGGUGCUGGUGGAGGAGUCGGUGCCGCUGACGUGCUGGGCACGAAACCCCGUCAGCAGCCGCAACGUCACCGUCCGGCCCGCUGAGCUGUGCGCAGGCACCGGUUCCAGCAGCCUGGUCAGGAUCGGGGCCGUGGCUGUGAGCGAAGCCGCUGCACUCGCAGCGGUUUUCUUGGUGUUCUACUGCAGGGACAAGCGAGGAGCUUGACUCAGAGCCUCUUGUCCAGCCAAUAAUCCCAGAAUCCCUGAGGUUGGAAAAGGCCUCCAAGGUCAUCCAGUCUGCCCUGUGCCCCAUCCCCACCUUGGCCCCCAGCCCAGAGCGCUCAGUGCCAUGGCCAUGCCUUCCUUGGGCACCUCCAAGGGUGGGUACUCCCCCACCUCCCUGGGCAGCCCCAGGGCUCCACCCUGACAGAAUUUGGGGCUUUUACACCAUCUGAGAGGCACAAGGGUGAGGGUGGCCCUGCCCUGCUCUGGACCUGCCCUCACGCUGGGGGAACUGGUGGUUUGCAGACAUUUCCAGGGAGGAAGCUCAGUGGGCACAGGAGAGGGAAGUUGGGGAGGUGCAAAACCAUUGGUUCCUGUUCCACCUCAGCAGUGGAUCCACCUUGUGACCAUCCUCACCAGCAACCCCUUGCAAAGGGCUUUAUUCCAAAUUUAUUCUCCUUUCCCUUAGCCGUGGCCCACGCAGUCAGACCUGCUGUAACAGCUGAGUUGUGCUGGGAUUAUUAAAACACCCCAGAGUGGGUCAGUUGGAUUUUACAGCCCUGCUCCCCCAUCCAGGCCACCUCCACCAUCCCCACACAGGAUAUUUCCACGGGGAACCGAGAGUUGCUGCGGGCAGGGGUUGGCCGGGCCACGAGCAGGGGCUGCCUCCUCCUCUGCCCCACAGCCAGAAAUUCAGCUUCAAGUCCAUUUGGAGAAGCUCAGCUGUUCCCACAGAGAUCAGUGGGGAAAAUGAGGGUGGGAAAAUGCAGUGGGACAGGGGCUGGCCAGCCUGGAGGGGCUCCAAAACCCUCCUCGCUCCUCGGGACAAAACCGAAAGUUUUUGUAACCUGUUGCAGAGCUCAGAAAUAAAACCACUUCUCAUUUUCCCCCUGCUGAACCCCUGCCCCCUGUGUGUCCCCAGCUGCCACAGGCCCUUAGGAAAGCAGGACCGUGGGGAUGAGUUCCUGGUGUGGGAAGC